GCACAUUUUGAAUUCAGCAUCACAUCAGCACAGUAAAGCCCGGUUUUUAUUUUCAGCCGCAGAUGGCAGUAUAAACCCAUUGUUUAGGGAAGAACAGCCAUUACAGUACUUGGUAAACGCGGAAACAAACUUGAAAACUCAGUGCGGCGCCGUGCAUUGAUCUGCAAUAAAAGCAAGGCUGUUUUUCGGGAUGUCUGGCAAGGACAGGGUUAAGUCCGAGCGCAGGGGGAGUGGUCCCUUCUCCAGGACCCGCAGUUCACUGCGCAACUCUGAGAGCGCGGAGCGAGGGAAGGGGAGAGAGACGAGGCGGAGGAGUGGAGUUAGGGGCCAGCAGCGCUCUACUGCAGGGGAGCUCGAGGGCUCGGCUCAUUCGGUCAGACCUGUCCUCACUCCCAAACGAAAGAAGGGACAAGUGACUCUGAAGGAGGGAGAGGGGAAUAGAGGGAAGGAGAAAGCAAGCAGACAGAGGAGGAAAUCAGUGAAACGUGGCGUGAAACGGGAGAGCGUGGAUGGGCUGGACAGCGGGACCAGGUCUGUCAUGAAGAGAACAAAAAAACUAAAGAGCGAGGGAAUAAAAAAGGAGGAAGAAGUGCCACUGCCUGUACAGUCCAGCUCAUCAGCUGAGAGAGAGAUGGAGAGAGGGAGUGUGAAAAUGGAGGGAGGAAGAAGGAAGCUCAUAGGAGCCCACAUGUCCAUAGCAGGUGGGCUCUGGAACGCUGUGCGGGACUCCGUUACGAUCGGGGGCUGUGUGUUCGGCAUGUUCCUGGGCUCCCAGCGCUCCUGGAAGAGUCGGCCCCUGGAUGAGAAGGCAGUGGCCCAGUUCCGCCAGGCCUGCUCCCAGCACGGCUUCACCCCAGACCGCAUACUGCCGCAUGGGUCAUAUCUGCUCAACUGUGGGUCUCCUAAACCUGAUGUCUAUGAGAAGAGCAGAGCCAUGCUCAUUGAUGAACUGAAGAGGUGUGAGCAGCUGGGCCUGACCAUGUUCAACUUCCACCCCGGCUCCACCCUCCAUGACAUCACAGUAGAGGAGUGUCUGGAUAGGAUAGCAGAUUCCAUAAACCACGCCCACCAACACACCACUGGAGUCACCACAGUUAUAGAGAAUAUGAGCUGCCAGGGUAACACUGUUGGGGGCAAGUUCUCAGAACUGAGAGGGAUUAUUGAUCGAGUGAAAGAUAAAUCCAGAGUUGGAGUCUGUCUGGAUACCUGCCAUGCCUUCGCAGCCGGUCACGACCUCUCUGCAGUGGGCGGAGUUAAGAAGAUGCUGGAUGAAUUUGAUUGGACGGUUGGACUGCAGUAUCUCAAGGCAGUGCAUCUCAAUGACUCCAAAGGGAAGCUGGGUUGCCAUCUGGAUCGUCAUGAGAACAUUGGUGAGGGGGAGAUCGGAUUGGAGGGAUUUCGACAAAUCAUGAACGAGCCUCGCCUGGACAACAUGCCCAUGAUCCUCGAGACGCCCGUCAGGCCUGACAUGGACGGCUCACAGGAGAUCCAGUUGCUCUACUCUCUGUGCCAGUAGAGGUGACUUUACUUUCCUUCAGCCUCAGCUUCCAUUAUACUGCUGAUCCACCCAAGCUGCUCUGGAGUGAAUAGCAAACUUACACUACAGGGGACUCAAGUCCUCAAUUUGUAAAUCAUUUGGAUAGAUGAGAUUAACGAGAAAGUAGCAGGUAGCGGAAAAUAUAGCGUCCCAUGUCCCGUCCCCGUCCCCUGUGUUGCUAUAACUGUUUAAAUAACAGACCUGGCAUUUUUCAUUUCAUUAACAUCCUGACAACUUUUUACAUAUAACUUUAAAAGCUUUAAAACUUUUAAUGCUCUUUUGAAAAUGUCCGCUGUAGUGCACUGGAAUUUGAGAUCUGUCUUCCAAAUCAGUGCUACUCAACCCCGGUCCUCAGGGACCCCUGUGUCUUCUUCCAACUGAGCUCUCAAUGAUUUAAUUAAACCCUUAAUUAACAAACUAAUAGUUAGCUCAAUUACGUAUUUAAUUGUUUUCAGCUCUUAAGCAGCUGGAGAUUUCAACUAAACUAUAAAAUGUUGUUAUAAGUAGCAUGAAAUCUGCAACUUCUUAGGAGCCGAGAACAAUUAAAAAGGUCUAAUUAAGCACAUGAUGAGUUCAAUGAAGGGUGGAGUUCAGUAAGGGAGAGCUCAGUUGGAAUGAUAGUGAGUAGAUAGCAGGGUCCCUGAGGACCAGGUUUGAGCAGCACUGCUCCAAAUCACUGCAGGAAGAGCCACUUAAACACACACACACACACACACGAGUGCUCUGGCUUGUCUGUCCCGUACCGCAUCAUGGAUCGUUCUCGCUGUGUUACCUGUUUGGCAGUGUGAGCAGUAAUCCUGACACUAUCAGAGCACUAGAGAGGCCAUUUUGAAAAGAGUUUUGAAACAGACUUUAGUUAAAAGUGUACAAAGUUGCAAGGAUGUUAAUGAAAUGCCAGGUCCGUUAUUUAAACAGUUGUAGCAACACUGGGGGGGGGG